AUUAUGUAUGAUGAACAGUUUAAAGAAAUUUUGUGUUUCACAAAUACUUAUUCUGGACUAAUAAAUUGUCAUGUAGUGGAUUUCAUUACCCAGAACUUAUGGGAGACAUGUUUGCCAGAUGCAUUACGAUUUGAAUUAGAAAGAAGUAAAAUGGACUGUGUCCAUUGGGCAGAAGAUGACAACCAUCCUGUACUUACUGAAUUCAUAAACUUGACAAAGUCACUUUCUUUACAAUCAUGUUCCAUAGAAAUAAAUUCAAUGGACCUUAAAAAUACAUUACCAAUCAUCUACAAUGUAAAUAAAUGUAAAUAUAGAAGUAUAAAAAUGGAAUUUAUGAAUAUUAAGAAAUCACAUGAGGUUGAAUGCCUUGGAAACAUUGUUGGAACAGCAGCAUCAUCAACAAACAGUCUAGUAAUAGAUGCUGGUGCGGGUAAAGCAUACCUCUCAAUGUUUUUAGCUGAAAAUCAUAAAGUUCCUGUUCUUGCAAUAGAUUCUUCACAAACAUGUUGCAAGGGAGCAAUUGGUAGACAAAUCAAGUUAAGAAAGAGAACAAAGCAUUCUCAAAGUUUGGUACAAUACAUAGUCGACGAAAUAAAUGAAAGCACAGACUAUAUAAAAAUGAUAAAUGAACAUUUUCGUGAAUGGAAAUUAGAUAAAAAUCUCAUAUUAACUGGUUUACAUACUUGUGGUUCUCUUACCCAUUCCAUUAUUAAAACAUUCUUAGUCACAAAAGACAUUCAUCUUCUGUGCAUUGUUCCUUGUUGUUACCAUUUAACGAACGAAACGUUUAAUAAGAAAAUUAAUUUUUCUAAAAAUGCUAGAAUGCUCGCUCAACAAUCUAUCGAAAGAAGCGCAGAAAACAAAUCUAUGUCAUCAUCAUUGUUCUACAGAGCUGUCUUACAAGUGAUACUUUAUUCUAUGGGUAUUUAUAAUGCCAGAGUAGGUCGCGGAGGACCUUUACACGAUUUUCCCAGUUAUGCCCGAUGGGCAUUAUUAAGAAUUGGAGUAGAAUUAGAAAAGAUACCAUCUGAGGAGCAGCUAGAAAGUACCUAUCAGUUGCAUGUACAUUUAUCUAAAAGAUUUUAUAUGUUUCAAAUGUUACGGAUACACACGGGACUUGUGUUGGAAGCGGCUAUUAUGUUGGAUAGAAUAAUAUUUUUACAAAAAAGUAAUCUGUGCUCCAAACUUGCGAUAUUGCGUUUAUUUGAUCCUGUCUUGUCACCACGACAUUAUGGUAUUGUUGUAAUAAAAUAACAGAACAGAAUACAUA